AUGAAACUCACAGCUUUACUCUUUGCUGCAACAGCCUGGGGUGCUCAACACCAUCACCGAGAUACUACAGACAACGGCAUCGACCUAGGUGCAAUCUCGAGCGCACUUGGGAAUUUGAUGGGCAACCAAACAGCCAGCGCGAACUUUGCCAACAUCUCGCCGCCGCCCAAGUCUCUCAUUCCGGAGAUCCUAUCGGUGGUGCCCGUGUCUGUCAUCUGGGAACUUAUCAACCCAGCAGAGCGGAGUUCUCUCGCCAGCCAAUUCAAGGCUGGCACUACCCCGGCCUGGUACACUGCCCUUCCAUCGGAUGUGCAAGACUACAUGUCGGUGGUCAAGUCGCAGAUCUCGGCGGGGGCAGUGACGGCCACAACAUCGGAACCGAACACGGCAGCAAAUACAGGGACUGCAGCGAUAGCCACUGCGACCUCCACUUCUGGAGGGUCAGCAAGUUCGACCUCAUCUAAAGGUGCGGCUGGACAGGCUCCACAGCCCACAGGAUUGACCGUGUCGGCGUUGGGGGCGCUGGGAGUGCUUGGACUAGCACUGGCUCUGUGA